CAUCUUGUUAACCUUUAGUAAAUAAAUGUAAUGCUUCAUCAUUGUUUUAUAUUUAUUUGAUCAGUUAUUGUGAAGUGUGAGAUUCUUUGUUGUGUUCUCAAGCUUAAAAUUUGUUUCUGUGUAUUUUAAUAUUAAUUUUACAUAUUUAAAUAUACAAACUAUUGUUAAGGUAGGCCUAUUUGUUUCCUCGGAUAGUUAGGCUAAGGCACGAGCUUCUGACAUGGUAAGGUUAAGAGGUAUGCCGAGACCAGGGCCACCAGGCAGAGGAAUGGGGAGACCGAUGCCUAUGCAUAUGAGACCUGAACCUAUCAUGCCUCCAUUUGGAAUGCAUAGAGGUAGACCAUUUAGAGGACAUCCAGUAAGGCCAGGUCCACCUAGAUUGCCACCUCCCAGAAUGGGUCCAGCUCCACCACCUCCACCUGGCCUAGGCCUGCCACCUCCACUAGGCCUACCUCCAAGAAGAUUACCUCUACCACAUCGUCCCCCUCUUCCUCCCAGAGAUUUACCUCCUCCCAUGGGUAGAAGACCACUCCCUCCACCUCCGAUGCUUCAUAGACCUGGUGUUAGAAUGCCACCUUUGCCAAUGGCCCCCAUGCCACCACUCAGAAGACCUCCACCAAUGCAUCCAGGCCAGCCCUUUGUUAGAGGGAGAGGAGGUGUUGCGAGAAGAGGAGUGAAGAGGCUGGGACCUACUGCCAAUGGACGGGCAAAGAAGAAUCCCAAACGGAAAGAGAAGACUGAGGGUGAAUUUUUCUGUGAAGCUUGUGACCGUACCUUCAAAAGCCAGGAACUGCUGGACGCCCAUGUUGCGGAACAUGUUGUCUGCGGAAGAGACGGGUGUGUGUUUACUGCUCAUCCGAAGGUCGUGGAUAAACACGUCAAGUUACAACACGACACAGGGCUGUACAAGAGUAUUGUCUUCUCUCAAAGCCCAGAGGAGGUUGCUAAGUGGAUCGCUGCUAGAAAAAGUCGCUACCCUACUAAAGUAAAUGUGGAGAGGAAAGAGGCUCAACAAUCGGAAAUGAUCCAGCGCGGUGAAAGAAUGCCUAUGGAAGGAAACUCCCGCCAUAAGAGGCACGAUAGUUGGCAAGACCGGAAGAGACGGCGAAACCAGAAUAAAAAUAAUGUAGAUGGUAAUCGACAGAAACAAAGGGACAAACAUGUUACUAAUAAUGAAACCAAGUGGAAAGAUCCAGAUGCGUGGAGGGGAGACUUACCCAAAUUCCCUGGAACUGGUGCUUUCCUUGUAGUCAACGAUGAACCUAUGGGUGUUGGAGAAGAAAAACAUAUAAGUGACGAUGAAUCGGAGCCAAACACCAUGCAAGAUGUGGCAGUUUCCAAACCCUUGUUCAGCAGUGUUUUGGCUUCCCUAAUGGCGAAUUAUGGGUCUGACACCGAUGAUGAAUGUAAAGACAACGUUCCUGCAGCUCCUACAGUUUCAACUGUGAAGAAUGAAACAAACGGACCCAUAUCCAACCAACAAAAAUUGCCUUGUGAUGGUUUUCUAAGAUUAAAAGCUGGCGUAAUCAAACCAGAGAAAGACGAUUCAGAUAGUGGACCAGAAGAGACUGGUAUAAUAAAAUCUGAAGAAAUAACACAAGAGAAAGACAAUCCAGAAAGUGGGCCAGAGGAAACUGUUAUUCACAGAGAGGACACUACGAAUGCCCCAAUCCCAAAGUUAAAUCCACAAACUGACAGGCCUCAAGAGGACAAAACUGUGAAAUCCAAAAACGAGGCAGUAAAAACUAUCACAAGGCCCAAACCUCCAGUUCGACCACCAAUGAAAAGGAUACAGCUCUCACUUUUGGAAAAGCUCCUGCAAAAUGAGAUACGUCAUGAAAGGACCGCUAUUCUUCAGUGUGUACGCUACGUCGUCAACAACAAUUUCUUCGGCUGUGGUAGUAAAUCUUGAGAUUGUUUGCAACCAGUAAAAUCACAUUUUGUACAUUUUUUGAGGCUAAUAAACUGAUGUAGAUCCAG